UCUUCUUCUUUCAAGUUCAUCAUCAUUUCUCACUAAUUCAUAUAUAUGAUCAUCAUGUAUAUUUAUAUCUAAUCUAACCCAUAUCUCUCUGUAUAUAUAUAUAUGUUGUAUAUUUAGAUCUGUAUAUGUAUAGGUACUGUUGUAAUCUUUACAUUAACCCUAACCCUAGACUUGUGAUUUCUUAUUCUUCUCACUAGUUUCUCUGUUUAUAUAUCUGAUUUCUCUAGUACUAAUCUAUUAUGAGGAAAGUUCGAGUUAUCUGCAGCGAUCCAUAUGCAACAGAUUCCUCCUCUGACGAAGAUUGCGAGAAACCCAAUUCCAAUCCCAAUCGAAUAGCUAAAUUGCCGAAAAGAAUUGUCUAUCGCAUCGAUCUAGAUCUAUCCUCAAAUGGGUCUGCUGAAUCUGACAACAAUAUGAAGCGUAAGGAGCGGAAGAAGGUGGAUCGGAGCGAUGGCGAUGGGAAGGGGAUUAGAGGUGUUCGUCGUCGACCUUGGGGGAAAUGGGCUGCGGAGAUCCGUGAUCCCUUUAAAAAGGUUCGACUUUGGUUGGGGACUUUCGAUACGGCUGAGGAGGCGCAGAAUGCUUAUGUUGCUAAGGUGGUUGAAUUUGCUGCUAGACGUAGGGCUGAAGCUGAUUUGGAUGAGAAGUCUCGAACUGCUGUAUCGCCUUCGUCUGUUCUUGAAAACGCGGUGAUUGAUGGAGGAGAUGAGGAUGUGAAGAUUGAUAAUAAGAAGAGCCAUGAACAGAUCAAAUUUGAAGAGAAUCCGUUAUGGCAGCUUGGUUCAAUUGUUUGCAUGAUUGACUUGUUGGGUGAUUUUAACAACAUUGAUGAUCUGACAAUUCGCGAUAUUGAGAAGAAUUUGGCGGCUAACAAAAGUGUUUGAAUUGGGUAAUUCGUGUACUGUGAAUAUCAAUCAACGUAGCUAAUGAUGAAGGAUUAUUCAAUUUCUUAUCGGCUAUUCAACUUUGUUAACUAUCUUAGGAUCCAUUUUCAUUUGAUUUUAGGAAAAUACAAAAAAAAUUGUUUAUCAUGUUCUUGUUGUAGUUUUCAUUUUUUAUACUGUUGUUGAAGAAGAAGAACCUUUGUUCUCUUUUAUGCAAUUCAUAGGUUUUAACUCCA